AUGAUUGUGAUUGAUACAUUACUUGAUAAUUUAAAUAAUUUCCAUAAAAAAAAUAAUAUAAACAAACGAUUAGAAUGGUGUCAACAUUUGGUUAAUGUCGCAAGUAAAGAUGUAAAAAACAUUUCUAUUUGCAAUAAAUAUGCUGAAAAUAACAAUGUUAAAGGAUUUUAUCAUUAUGAUUAUGAUCAUUAUUUUGCAAAAGAUGAACAAGAAAUUUUUAAAAAAAUAACUGAAGAAAAACAAAAAAAAAUAUUAUUAGACAUACGAUAUACUUAUUUCGGCGCAUCUUUUCAAAAUAAACAUUGGGUAAUAUAUUUUGGACGAAAAUAUGCUAGGGAAACAAUUGAUAUUAAUCUUUUAUUAAAAUAUACUAAUGAUGAACGAAUAAAAGUUGCACGAAAAAAAAUUUCUGGUUUAUAUUGGAUUGAAAAUCUUGGAAUGAAUUAUGAAACUGAAAAAAAAGCAAUUCAAGGUUGGAUGGGUUCUUCUGGUCAUAGAAAACAAAUUCUUGAUAAAGAUUAUAUUUAUUUUGGUGCAGGAUUUUCAAAGGAUAUUUGG